UUAGACAAGCCUAUCACCCCUUUUAAUUUUGUUUAUUUUGGUCCAUCACAACUUCCGGUUUCCACUUUUUGAAAAUUUUUAUUUUUAUUUUGGUUUGCUCGAAUUAUAGCGUCUAAUCUGAAGUCUAAUCAAUGGAUGAAAUAAUUGUAUCUGCACCAGGAAAACUUAUUCUACAUGGAGAGCAUGCUGUGGUUUAUGGAAAGGUUGCUUUAGCUACAAGUCUAAAUCUACGAAGCUACUUGCGUCUGACAUCAUCAGUUGAUGAAGACAAUGUUUCACUUUCAUUGCCUGACAUCAACAUUAAAAAAACAUGGACCACUGAGAGUCUUCAAAAUCUAUUUAAAGAUGUGCAUGUGGAUGAAAUUUCUCAAAACUGUUUGAAUGAAUCCCUAGUAGAUGUCAUUAAAGAAUUUACUGAAUUCAAGGAUGAAUGGACGACAAGAGAUCUUGCUAUUGUGUCUUUCUUGUACAUGUACAGAUGUAUUGCAGUCACUGAUGGUCAUUACCCAGCAUUUAAUCUCAAGAUUGCGUCCAGUUUACCAAUCAGUGCGGGUCUGGGAUCAUCUGCUGCAUUUUCAGUUGCCAUGGCAACUGCAUUCCUAAUAUUGACAAAAAAGUUAAACGCUGAGAAUAUUAAACAUAACACUACUGAAAUAAUAGACAUCACUGAGAACAAUGAUGAUACUCCCUCACAAAAGAAACUCAAGUUAGAUACAGAAUUUGUGAAAAAGUCAUCAAAUAGUGUCAAAAUAUCAUCAAAACAGGAUGAUGAUCAUGCAAAUAGGAAUCAUUUCAGCGACCAAGACCUGGAUUUAAUCAACCAAUGGGCUUUCAUAUCAGAAAAAAUAAUUCAUGGAACUCCAUCUGGUGUUGAUAAUUCAUUGAGUACAAAUGGUGGAUUCAUCACAUAUCAGAAGAAACUACAGGGUGUUCCAAAGAUUGAGAAACUACAGGGUGUUCCCAAUAUUAGGGUGCUUCUCAUCAACAGUAUGGUACCUAGAAGCACCAAAGCUUUAGUUGCUGGAGUCAGACAAAAAUAUGAUAAGUUCCCCAGUGUUUUUGGACCUAUAAUGGAUUCCAUAGAAUCAACGUCCUUACAGAGCAAGAAGAUCCUAGAACAGCUGGCAAUGACAGAGACACCAGAACUGAUGAAAUCAUUAGAGGAAUUAAUCAAAAUCAACAGAUGUCUGCUGGAUGCUAUAGGAGUUGGCCACAAAGACUUGGAUCAAAUCUACAGGGUGUUACAGACACAUGGGUUACCCUGUAAACUCACUGGAGCUGGGGGAGGGGGCUGUGCAUUUGCUAUUCUAAGGCAAGAUACCAGUGAGGAUUUUCUCAAAGAAAUAACAAAGGAUCUGUCAUCACAUGGUUAUCAGUGUUGGGAAACAUCAAUAGGUGGAGCUGGAGUCACUAUCCAUAAAAAAGCAGAUGGACAAUAUCAGAAUGAGGCUCAGUUUCCAAAAACACUUUUUGAUUGAUUUCUGUAGGAUUUUCAAUUGUAAAAUGCCUUAAAUUGUUUAACUUAGUCAAGUGAUUUUGGACCAUAAUAUACAUGUUUCAUACGCAAGGUUAAAAGAACAUUUUUCAUAUUAAUUUUUUUAUUUUAUAUUUAUAUUUACAAUAUAUACAAAUAUACAAUAAAUCACUGCAUAAUACAACAAUGUUCUAAGUGAAAUGUAGGACAUUUUCAUAUUGGAGGAGGUGGAAGGGAGAUUAUCUUGAGAGCAAUAAAAACUUUGAUUUCAGAUCCUCUAUUACUCGUUAAGAUUUUUCUAAAUAAAUUGUGCCAUUGUGAUAACAUUUUGUAUGUUUGUUUGUCUCUUAAACCUCAGUCACAUUCACUCUACGGCAGCUGUAGCUUCACAAAAUCGAUUUAGAAAAUCGACAGCGUACUGCUAACCCUAUAUUUUAUGCUGCAUAUUUCUCUAGAUUUUGGUAAGCUA